AUGACGUCUUCGAACUACGGUUUUCUCCACAACGAAAGCCUGCCCUCUGAGGACGCCAUCGUAGCCCAUUGCCGACAGGUCGGCUUUAAAGUCACCGGAGCUCCCCUCCUCGAUGCUUCUUACAAGGCAGUUAUCGCCUGGGUCAAGUUUGGUCCUAACGUUACCGUCCACGAGGCUCGGACGCAGGAUUACGCCGCCAAUGCGCUCGCCAGCACUCCAGACUCUGACGUGCGAGUCCCUCGAGUCUUCCACGCUUUCACGAGAGAGCACCCUGCGUGCACAAUCGGCUUCAUUGUCAUGCAGCAUAUUGAGGGUGCGGAUUGCGACUUAGGCGAUGUUGACCUCGUGGCGAAAGCUGUUCAAAAGUUGAUCGGCGUACGAGCACCGAGUCUUACACUUGGACACGUCGGCGAUAAGUCGGUCGAAGACUUGGAUGCUCAUAUCAACAACAUCCUUAAGCAAAAGAACGACCCGCGGCGUGUCGACAUCGUGGCCGACGCGGAAAGCGGUCUCUAUCUGUGCCCCUGCGAUGCCCAACCAGGGAAUUUCAGAAAGUGUAGGAAUGGCCAAUUAUUCGCCCUUGACUUUCGUGCGACGUGCUUCAUGCCCCCUUCCUUUGUCGGGGUCGCGAUGAAGAAGUCUCAAGAUCCCUUUUGCCGAGAGCUCGCCAAGAAAAUCACUUCGGUCAGAAAGCAGUCGAUGGCGUCAGAGCCUCAGGGUCCGGCCGUGGAUGCAUUAUCUCAGCAAUCUCCAACUCCUACGUUACCACCAUCGGCGCAGCCCGUGCGACAAGAAGUCGUCGAGCUGAUCCGAAUCUCAGCGCUUUCACCUAUUCAAUUAAUCCCGAGCGAAAAGUAUGAUAUUUUCCUUCGGUGUGCAUAUCCACAUCCGAAUCUGGACAGUACUUCCUUGUUUAAUACUGCAUUGAAACUUUCCCUACCCCCUGGCCCUCACGGAGGUCGAGGGUUGAACGACAUGUUAUUUGGCACAAAAGUGCCAGAAGGCUGGACCGGCCAGAUUUCUUUCACCACGAGUGGGGUGUCGUCACCGAGAAGGACGUACGGCGUCCUUAUUAUCAGACAAGUAGAAAUGGUGCACGCAGCUAUCAUGGGCAAACGGUCCGAUCUCAUGGCUCAGCAACCAGAAGUCGCAAAUGUCGUUGGUGACUCGCUCGAGAUUUUCAUCGUGACCACCGAUGCUUAG